UAAGGUAGUAAGGUUGAAAAACAAAACCCUUAAUUUGUAGAGAGUAUACUAGCAGAGUGAAUCAGUGGAAAGCCCUAGACCCACACAAACACUUCGCAAUGGCGCUUGUUAAUCAAACCCCUGGCAUCUCCGGCGAACGACAAUCCGGCCAAGAUGUUCGCACCCAAAACGUUGUAGCAUGCCAAGCCAUUGCAAACAUCGUCAAAACCUCAUUAGGUCCCGUCGGUAUGUCGACAAGAUCCGUGAUUCUCAUCUUCUUCACAUUCAUAUUCCUUUCAUUUUUCACUUUCCUACCAUACUCAAGAUGCUCGAAGUUGAACAUCCUGCUGCUAAGGUUUUGGUUGAGCUUGCUGAACUUCAGGAUAGAGAAGUUGGAGAUGGUACUACUUCCGUCGUCAUUGUAGCUGCAAGGCUUCUUAAAAGAGCAAAUGAUCUUGUUAGGAAUAAGAUUCAUCCAACCUCAAUUAUCAGUGGCUAUAGGCUUGCUAUGCGAGAGGCUUGUAAAUACAUAGAUGAAAAGCUGGCUGUCAAGGUUGAAAAGCUCGGAAAAGAUUCACUAGUUAAUUGUGCCAAGACCAGCAUGUCCUCAAAGCUGAUAUCUGGUGACAGUGACUACUUUGAAAAUUUGGUAAGUUUGUAUUUGUCUUGACUUUAUAUUGAAUAUUGGGUGUUUGAAUCACUUUAAAAGUUUAAAUUGAUGUAAAUGAACCAUAUUUUGCAAAUACUAGUUUGUUCACUUCUAAUACUUUUAUACAUCAUUCUGGCUCAUCUAUGCAAAUAUUAGGUGAAACUUCAUAUUGAAUGAGCUAUCUAUAGCAUAUACUUUUCCUCAUCUCAAUUAUAAUAAUGAUGUAAUUUUCUCAGGCUUUCUACUUUCUGCUUGAGAGGUAGGGAGUUCAAAAAUAUUUCAUUGAUACAUCAUGGUUCUACUCUGUUGUUAUGAGUUGAAUGUGUAAAUGGUGAUUUGUUUCAAUCAGCAACUUUCUGAGUAGUAGAAAAAAUCAUAAGAAAAGAAUAAUUUUAUAGAAUGAUUGAUUUAGAGCCGUAGAGUGGUCUCUCCAAAAGUCUCCCCAAAAUAAUAUUUCUCCUACUCCUUGGGCGUCCUCUAGUGUCCCAACACAAUAUAACGGUGUCACAUGAAACUGUGGAACAAAUGCUUUAUUCUUGACUCUAGAAAUUUCAGAAAUAAAUCCCAAUGAUGUCAAUGCUCCUUGAGCGUUCUCUGGUCUCCUAACAAAGUAUGAUUGGUGUGAUGUGAAAUUGUGGAACAAUUGCUUUAUUCUUGAUUGAUUCUAGAAGUUUUAAAAAUCAAUCCCAACGACGUCAGUGUUAGGAUGAUACAGAAGCAUUUUCAGUUUGAGUGCUUCAUUGACAAUUAGUAGUUCUAAUUCUAGAUUGAAUGUCACCAAGAUAAUGUCAUUGCUUGAUUGAAACAUUUUGGUGGAUAAAGGGUUGUUAGCUUUAUAUUUGAUUCUAGGCAGUCUGUAUUAUAUUCAGUUGUGAAAUUUACAUUUAUUAUAUUCAGUGCUUUAUAAUGGAUGAAGUUUCAAUGUGAUCCUUAAAUGUAGGCAUUAUGGUGAUUGGUGACUGUCAAAUUUGUAAGCAACUUUACGUGACGAUAUUCCACUGAUUAUUAAAUGAAAUCAUGAUAUAAUGGAGUAUUUCAUAACAUGAGGCAUGGAAGUAGAUGAUUUAAAGUAUUUUCCAUUCCCGUAGGUUAUGUCUUUUAUAUGGCACUUUAAGCACUAAACACUUAUUCCAUCUAUAAAAGAUUUGAUACAUGAAUAUAGUUUAUAAUAUGAUUGCAC